AGUCAACAACCUGGAAAAAGAAAAGAAAGAGUAAUCUAAAAAAGUCAACAAAGUGCAGGAAGAAAAUUAGAUAGACCGGAAGCAUCUGAUUUCUAUCCCUGACCUUUCUUGUUCGGGAGCUAAUCACAGUCGCCCGAAAACGCAAGAACGAGCCGAGUCAUCAAAUAUUCAAAAUCAACUCAUCCACCCCUGACCCCUUGUUUACAACCCUGAAAAACCCUAAUUCCAUCUUCCCCCAAAUCACACUCCACAGUUGAUACAAUUUUACUGCAUGGCAUCACCAGGCAAACCUCGGAAGGAAAACGACCGCCCGCCGGCCGCGAUUCUCCACCAGCCAGCUUCUCCUCGCUUCCCUUCCGGAACUCCCACCGCAGGCGCCCAGCGCAAGGUCGCCAUCGCAGUAGAUCUCAGUGAUGAGAGCGCCUACGCCGUCAAGUGGGCUGUUCAGAAUUACCUCCGGCCGGGCGACGCCGUCAUUCUCCUACACGUGCGCCCCACCUCCGUCCUGUACGGCGCUGAUUGGGGCGCCGUCGACGUCUCCGUCGACACCGCCGAUGAGAAAUCGCAGCAGAAACUGGAGGACGAUUUCGACAAUUUCACUACGAGCAAAGCGAAUGACUUGGCGCAGCCGUUGGUGGAGGCGUCUAUUCCGUUCAAGAUCCAUAUUGUGAAGGAUCAUGAUAUGAAGGAGAGGCUGUGCUUGGAGGUGGAGAGGCUAGGGCUAAGUGCGGUGAUCAUGGGGAGUAGGGGAUUCGGAGCGUCGAGGAGGAGUAGUAAAGGGAGGCUGGGGAGUGUGAGUGAUUAUUGCGUGCAUCACUGCGUGUGUCCCGUGGUCGUGGUGAGGUUUCCGGAUGAGAAAGAUGAUGUAAGUGGGGGUUCGGCGAAGCCACUGGACAAGGAUACCUCUGCUCUGCAUCCGGUGCCUGAGGAGGAGGAACCGCUCUUUCUUGAUGCUUCUGAUCAGAAUGCAGAUGUGGAGAAGACUUCUUGAGCUGAUGAUUGGAGAGGGUGGUGAGACGGUGAUCAUCAUGGAUACUUGUUUGUGUGAGAGGCUGUGUGCUUAUGUCAAGGUUUUUGCGUUCUGCUCGAAUGAUCAUCAUUGUUGAUGAGUUUCCUUGCUAUGUUAUAGAUCCUGAAAAUGGGGUCAUGCUAUCGAUGUGAUGUAAGUUAUCUUUCCGACUGCUCUUCGAGUUGCAUUUCAUCUUAAUGGAGAUUAUACUAAAACUAUCUCGUUUCUCUA